GUUCCUUUAUUCUGCUCACCCCUCCCAUCCGUCCAGACCUGGGCUGAACGUUUGGCUGAGAAAAGAAACCCUCGCCCCGCUUUCUGCCUCCCUCUCGCUUCCCGCCUGCCUGCACGGUGGCCAAAAUCCCGUCUCACUCGGCUUGAAGUGACUUCAUGUGAUGUCAGCUUGAAAUGCCAGAGACGUUCGGGAAGAUGCUUGCUAUCCAGGUCUGACCGGGCGGCUACACUGCGGGGCUCGGAUGCGUCGGGCAAAGAGAUGGCCUCGUCGGCUUCGCUGGAGACGGUCAUGCCUUCCGCCUGCAUCCGGACCGGAGCCUCCAACCCGGCCAAGAGCCUGGCCUUCUCCAUCGAGCGGAUCAUGGCCAAGGGCUCGGAGCCCCAUCACAAACCCGCCGCCGCCGCCGCCGCCGCCUUCGAGGCCAGGCCGAGCGAAUCUCCCGCCAAGAAGCUGCUAAGCCUCUGUUCGCCUCUGCCCGGCGUCAUCCCGGUCCAGCCGCUGCCGGCCUACGAGAUGCCCUCCAAGGCGCUGCUCAACUACUCGGAGCUCUGGAAAGGCAGUUUGCGGCACUGCGGGGCCGCGGCGCUGGGAGGCUCGACGGGCGCCUUCUGCAAGAGCAACUGCGGCGCUUGCUGCAAAGGGGAGCUCCCGCCUCCGCCGCCCCUGGGUCAGGCCGCCUUGCCGGGGGCCGGCCGGGUGAUCAAACCCCAAGUCAUCCACCAGACUCUGGCCCUGCCGGCCAACGGAUCUAGCCUCUACUACUUCAACUGCCUGGACUCUUCCGCCUACCACCCGUCGGAGAUCCUACAGGGCCAACUCUUCGCCUCCGGCCUUCUGCAUUCUCCGAGCCCGGCCGCCGCCGCCGCCGCGGCUGCUGCAGCCGCCCUAUCCGCCCAUCAGAAACUCUUCCUGCUGGAAAAUGCCAAGUUGGCCGCUUUGGCCCCGCCGGAGAAGUUCCCCAACCCCCAGUACCCCCAUAAAGAGCGCCUCCCGGGCCAGCUAGACCAGGUGAUGAAGGAGAACUCCAGCCUGGCCGUCGAGAGGCCCAGCGGGAAAGCCCACCACGCCAAGCUGGGCGGGGGGUCAGGCGCAGGAAGCGGCGGAGGCGGCACCUCGGCCGACGGGAAGCCCAAAAACUUCACCUGCGAAGUGUGCGGCAAGGUGUUCAACGCCCAUUAUAACCUAACCCGGCACAUGCCUGUUCACACCGGAGCCAGGCCCUUCGUGUGCAAAGUUUGUGGGAAAGGUUUCCGCCAGGCCAGCACGCUCUGUAGGCAUAAAAUCAUCCACACGCAGGAAAAGCCCCACAAGUGUAAUCAAUGCGGGAAAGCCUUCAACAGGAGUUCCACGCUAAACACUCACAUUAGGAUCCACGCCGGCUACAAACCCUUCGUCUGUGAAUUUUGUGGCAAAGGAUUUCAUCAAAAAGGGAACUACAAAAACCACAAGCUGACCCACAGCGGCGAGAAGCAGUACAAGUGCAGCGUCUGCAGCAAAGCCUUCCACCAGAUCUACAACCUAACCUUCCACAUGCACACGCACAACGACAAGAAGCCAUUCACGUGCCUCACCUGCGGCAAAGGCUUCUGCCGGAACUUUGAUUUAAAGAAACACGUGCGGAAGCUGCACGACCCGGCCGCCGCCGCCGCCACUGCGGCCGCCGCCGCUGCCGCCGUGCCUUCCUCCAAAGAGCUCUCCAGGACCGGACCAAGCUAAAAGUGCCCGAGCGCAGCACCCGCGCACGGCAAAGGCCGACGGAGCGGAGGUCUUGUUCCUCCACCCAAGACUUGGAGCGACCGUAAAGGCCAGAAACAAAGCCCGAGAGAAGGACCGGGGUUUUUGGUACGCGUGUCAAAAUAAAAAAAAAAAAAAAAAAAAGGAUGCAAACAUAAAUGCAGACAUAUAUGUAUAUAUGUAAGUAUAUACAUAUCCUUGCGAGAGGGAAGGAAGGGGAAAAAAAAAACAAUUUAAUACUCUGUUGCUGCUACGGAUUCCAGGAGUGUUUCCAGGAUUGUAAAGACAAAAUACACCGGCCGAUCAAAUAUGUAUAUAGAGGACUGUAAAUUUAAAUUUUAAUGUCCACUCGAUUAAUUAAGGAAUAUAUCAUCUUCCAGGCAAUAAAAAUCGCUUAAUGUGAGUCGUA